GGAAUGUCAACAGUGACUUGUGAAGUCAUCGCAUCACAUGUCCUGGUUCAGCCGGUAGCAGUGGGCGUUUGGAUCAGAGACCAAGUGGAGUAGAGGCUGUCGGGGCAUGGGUUACAAUAGCCAGCAGCCAGCCAUUUUACAAUCCUAGCAGCAACGAACAUCUUUUCUGCUACAUCUUUGGAUAUCAUACAUAGCAAUGGGUCAAUGUGGUAUUACGUCUUCUAAGACCGUGCUGGUCUUUCUCAAUCUUAUUUUUUGGGCGGCGGCUGGCAUCUUAUGCUAUGUGGGGGCCUAUGUGUUCAUCACCUACGACGACUACGACCACUUCUUUGAGGAUGUUUACACGCUCAUUCCAGCCGUGGUCAUCAUCGCUGUCGGGGCACUCCUUUUCAUCAUCGGUCUGAUUGGCUGUUGUGCCACCAUCCGUGAGAGCCGCUGUGGUUUGGCCACGUUUGUGAUCAUCCUGCUGCUGGUGUUUGUGACUGAGGUGGUGGUGGUGGUGCUGGGCUACAUCUAUAGAGCAAAGGUGGAGGAUGAGGUGAAUAAGUCCAUCAGGACGGUCUAUAAUGAAUACAAUGGAACCAACACUGAUGCUCCAAGCCGUGCUAUCGACUAUGUUCAAAGACAGCUUCACUGCUGCGGAAUCCACGACUACUCGGACUGGAAGUACACGCGCUGGUUCAACGAAUCGCGCAACAACAGCGUACCACUCAGCUGCUGCAAGCCCAACGUGAACAACUGCACCGGCUCCAUGCUGCGCCCAGGAGACUUGUAUGCUGAGGGUUGUGAAGCGCUCGUUGUGAAGAAACUAAAAGAGAUCAUGAUGUAUGUCAUCUGGGCUGCGCUGACAUUUGCUGCCAUCCAGAUGCUGGGGAUGUUGUGUGCCUGCGUUGUGCUGUGCCGCAGGAGGCGAGACCCUGCUUACGAGCUCCUUGUCACUGGAGGAACAUAUGCAUAGAGCUGACCGACACACACACAGACACACACACAGACACACACACAGACACACACACAGACACACACACACACACACACACACACACACACACACACACACACACACACACACACAGACACUGAGAGAUAUUCACAGGCACACAUCCACACUCGCACCCCUAAGGUUUAAGAUUGUGCCUGUCAGGAUCAGCGCACAGGCUCCUAGCCCUCCGUUUCGCUUUCUCCUGCUGUUGGCAGUCAGUGAACCCACCUUUCACAAAGAUGCUCACUCUAUACACUGGUGACGGGUGCCCUAGUGACAAUACUAUUUAUUUACAUGCUGUAUGUAAGAUGAUGUUUUUAUAUUCACUACUUUUAUUUUUCUCUCUAUCUCUCUCCACAAAUGCUACAAGCCAAAUUCUAAAAUGGCAGUCAAACCUCCCCCACCUCUUCCAUUUUUCCGUCUUUAAGAUGAGGCAUUGACACUUAAUACUUUAAAUUAGAUUCUGUUUAUGUUGGGGGGUGGGGGGUUGUGGGGGCGGGUGUUGAUGAGAGAGCAUCAGUCUGCUCAUGUGAGGGAAGGCAGUGCUGGAGGGGAAUUAAAAUGUGGAAUUUCUGCUUUCCUCAUGCGUCAGUUUGCACUAUGUGUACGGCUUUUGGAAUAUUUUAUAAAUAUUUAAAAAAAAGAAAUGACUUCAUGUAAAUAGCCGAGACAGGGAUUUCCUCUCGUCUUGCUCGCUCAUUCUCUUCCUUUUUCCUGGUCGUUUUCGUUUAGUUGUUUUCCUCUCACAAAUCCACUCACAAUCCUAGCGAGCGUGUGUGCGCUUGUCACUACAGAGAUAAACAUGCUUGUUCUCCAGUCUUGUUUACCCAGCACGUCUGCAUCACCAGCAUCGUUCUCUUUAGGAGCUGCUGUAGGAGUGCUUUGGGUCCACGAAAGACAUUUCAGAUAUGCUCAUACUGUAUUCAUAAUCUUGUUCAGAUCUGUCUUUAAAAAACAAACUAACACUAAAUCGAACAACAAUAAUUGGAAGCAAUUUAGGGAAAUAGCUUCUUUUUUGAUUCAAACAGGCAUCUAUGGUAAUGUUGUACAUGCACUACGUAUUAUGUACUGAAAAUGUUACAUUUUAUUACUGUUCUUUUUUUUUUGUCCUCUUUUGCUUCUUGUGUGAAGUUGAGUAUAUUGCUAAGAUGUAGAUUUUAAAGUUGAUUUUUUUGUUUUUGUUUUUCGAGAAAAAGAAAUGUAGCUCUGUAGAACAAAAACUCUAGAUGAAUGUAAAUAGAUUAAGGGGAAAAAAACUUACUGAAAUAAAACUUGUAAAUUCCAA